UUGUGAUGUUUAAAACUGAAAUGUGAGGAGGGAUUAUAAAUACAAGCCCAGUUCCAUACGCAUUUAUAUUUUUUGGAGGAAACAAGCAAAGCAAACCACAACAUCAAGAUGAUCGGCAGAGAGAUUGCACUUGAAGCUUUGGGCGUCCUCUGCAAUGCCAAAGUAACUUCUGUUCAACAAAGAUCACGAGAUGGGACUUCGUUUUCUGCUGAUUUUGGACAUGCAGAGCUGUUUUCCAUCAAGCAGCUCAUCCCUGCAGUGCUGCAUGCUGAUCAAACCCGCCAGGGGUCAAUAAGCAUCUUCCAAAAUGCACUUGUUGCAUUUGGUGGUGGAAGUGCUGCUCUCGCAAACACUGUCCCAGCUGGACUCCAGUCUUACUUCCCUCUCAGCCAAGACGUAAGAGAAAAUCAAACAACAAAAGAGCUUGAGCUUCACAUCAAGAUCAAUGAGGAGGAAUUCUUUGACCCUGGAUUCGACUAUGAUUUCACCCACUUGACAGACACCCAGACCUACUGGAGAGGUGGAGAGAAGUAUGAACGUCCAUGUGGUUUUAAACGCUUUGCCCUCAAGGUUCUGGGUAAGUAUGAUGAUGAUACCUGGCUGGGAACCAGUUACCGUAGCACAGAGUCAUUGGAAGGGGAGUGGCCUGUGUCCUACCACGGGACAUCAGAGGAAGGUGCUAAAGGCAUCAUCGAAGGACACUACAAGGUAGGCGAUGUGAAUGCGUACGGUGAUGGGAUCUACUCUACCCCAGACAUCUCUGUGGCGAAGCAAUACGCCAAAACAUUCACCUCCAAGAACGACAAGAAGAGCUACAAAGUGAUUCUGCAGAAUCGAAUCAACCCCGAGUACAGAAAGGAAUACAACAACGAUAAGUACUGGCUGAUCCGCAUCCCCAAAGAAAAGUCAGACGAAGAACAGCAGAAGAUGGUAGAAAGGGCCAUCCGUCCUUAUGGUCUUCUGUUGAAAAAAGUCUAA